GGUCGCGAGCAGGACCGUGUUCUCGCGGUCUUUCCUCGUUACUCCUCCAUCCGUGUGACUGUCCUGUCGGGGAGCGGGAGCAUGCGAGCGGCGGGCGCGCUGCAGUUGCCUUCCAGCCGCCGGGACGUGGAGGAGGGGCCCGUGCGAGGCCGAGGCUGGGGCCGGCCCUGAGGGGAAGAAAAAGCUUAACUGUGAAGAUGAUAGAUCCACUAGCAAACAACUUGUUUGAUCUUCCUGAGUAUGAUGAUACAGAAGAUGAAACAUUUCCACCUCUUCCACCUCCUUCCUCCCCAGGGAGAGAUGAUGUUGAAGGAGCCCUCACCAAUGAAGAGCAAGAUGGAAAUAAACCAUCUCAAACGAAGGAUUCUACUGUGUCUACACAGAAAGCAGUUAAAAGGCCGAUACCUAAAUUAGAUGCUCAAAGGUUAAUUUCAGAGAGAGGACUUCCAGCCUUGCGACAUGUAUUUGAUAAUGCAAAAUUUAAGGGUAAAGGACAUGAGACAGAGGACUUGAAGACACUUUUAAGACACAUGGAACACUGGGCUCAUAGGCUGUUUCCGAAACUGCAGUUUGAUGAUUUCAUGGAGAGAGUAGAGUCUUUGGGAAAUAAAAAGGAAGUUCAAACCUGCUUAAAGCGAAUUAGACUUGAUCUUCCAAUUUUACAUGAAGAUUUUACAAGUAAUGAAGGUAGUGGAGGGGGAAAUAAUGGGCUCAGAAUGUCUCCUGAAGAAGAAUUAGACCCCUUUUCUCAAAAUGUGAAGGAAGAAUUUGAUUCUCACUCAAGUACUGCCUUAACAGAGGAGCAACAGCGAAGAAUUGAGAGGAACCGGCAACUAGCCUUGGAAAGAAGACAGGCAAAGAUGCAAUUUAACAGUCAGUCACAAGAAAAUGAUCUGUCUGCCACCCAGCCAAAUGAAGAAUUUAAGACAAUUGAGGCUCAGGAUCCAGAUGACUUGACAGAAGUAGAAAUUCAAGCCGCUGAAGCCGAAGUUGCUGAUAUUGAAGCUGUGGACAAAGAUAUACAACUUAAAUGUGCAGAAGAAAUCAAAUAACCUUUCUGUCUGGAUACAAUGAUGUUUUAGAAAGACCCAAAUAUCUUAAUGUGCUCAAGUGUCAUUGACUUCUCUUCCCCCUCACCCUUGGACAUUCUAUGGAAAUCUUAUUCAUGACAUCAAUGUAGCUGGACAAAAUUAAUCAGUUUCCUUGUGUAAAAAGGCAGAUAUCAGCUCUUAAGGUGUUGGAGAAAACAGCUACUAUUCAGGAAAGGAGCACAACCACUCUGCAUUUCAACUGUUGUUGUUUUUUUUUUUAAACUAGCUUUUUCCAAAGUGACAAAAGGUAUCAGUGAAAAUAUUGACAUUAAUUUCUUGGAACUAUACUAUGAAGUGACUUUUUUUUACGAUUGACAUUCCUCAAGCUUAACUUACCUGGGUCUUGAAAGCCUGAGUUUGUAUAAAGUUUCUUACAUCCUG